GCGGCACGUGCCAAAGACUGGCGCCACUCGCAGGUUUUCAACUCGGACAAACAAACACUAGUAAAAUAUAAGAGUAGAACUUCCAACAAUUCAAUUAAGAUUUACGAGCGUGUUUUCCGGCGGCGAACAUCUAUCUGCAAAACCCUUUUAUCCUAUAUACUUAAAAAAAAGAAAAAGAAAAUGGCGGCUGAUUCUCUUCGGACAGGGUUAUUGUUUAAUGAAACCCAGUUCAAAAACUGUCGGAACUUCUCAAACAAAAACCCCAGAACACGCGCCGCCGCAAAUUUCAGCUCAAGAGCUUCUCAAGAACCCUUAAAUGACAGCAAGAACAAGUUCUACAAAGAAUUGGGUAUGUUUUCUCUGCGGAAGAGAAUAGAAGAUUCCGUUCUUCGUGCGGAGAUGCUAACUCCAACAGCUUUGGAACUCGAAGAAGCGAACCACAUAAACCAAGAAGAAGUUAUUCGCGACUAUGACUUGUGGGAUGACCUAGGUAAAUCGAACGACAUCCUUAUCAAACUGGCGAACAGUGCUAAGGUGGUCGAUACUCUACGCGAUCUUAAAUAUAAGGCAGAGGAAGCGAAACUUAUUACAGAGCUUGCGGAGACAGAUGCUAUUAAUUACGAGCUUUUCAAGCAAGCGUAUAGUGCUUCUUUAGAUGUUAACAAGUUUUUGGAUAAGUAUGAAAUGUCGAAGCUUCUUAAAGAGCCGUACGAUAUGGAGGGAGCUUACAUCACCCUUGAAUCGAAAUGUUCCGACAUUUACUCCGAGAGAUGGACGGGUCAACUCGCGCAGAUGUACAUGAAAUGGGCCGAAAGACAGGGUCAUACGGGUAGGAUAGUCGAGAGAUGCCCUUCAAAUAACGGCGGCCUAAAAUCCGCCACCAUAGAGUUGGAAUUUAAAUUUGCUUACGGAUACUUAUCUGGGGAAAGAGGUGUUCACUCUACUACAAGAAUUUCCAAAAAUACCCCUGCUCUUUCCGAGGCUACAUUGGCAUAUGUGGACGUAAUUCCUCUAUUCCUCGAAUCAUCUCCUGACUUGUCCAUUGAUGACGUGGAUAUUCUAGUUUCUUACCCUCCAAAUUGCGACAAAAACCCGUCUAGGGCUUCGUCAGCAGUUCAGAUUCAGCAUAUACCGACAGGUUUCCAAGUUCAAUCCACAGGGGAAAGGAGUCGAUUUGCAAACAAGAUAAAGGCGAUGAAUCGAUUAAAGGCAAAACUUCUUGUUGUUAUGAGGGAUCGAGGAUUAUCGAGUGUGAAAAGUAUUAAUAAAUGUGAUGAUAAAUGGAGUGGAGUGACUCGUAAGUACGUUUUUCGGCCGACGAAAAUGGUGCAUGAUUUGAAAUCUGGUUCACAGUUUCCGGAUGUGAAUGGAGUAUUGAAUGGGAAGCUUGACCCUCUUAUUGCUGCUCAUAUCAGUUCUCGACAACCUAGUACUGUCGAUUAAUUAAUCGGCUUUUUAGAUUUACUAAUUACUGUCAUUAAAUUAAUCUUGCUGGUAAUUAAUUGUUUUUCUGUUGUAUGGGUAGUUUUGUUGUGUGUUGGAUUGUUGAUGAAAUAUUUUUUUUGGUGUGCUUUCUUGAUUUUGAUUUGUGUAUUUUAUACAUUCAUGAUAUCCACAAGGUUCGAAUAUCUUUUUCUUCUUUCC